AUGAAACCAUAUUUGAUUGAACCGGAUCAUUUUGAGCCAGUCUGGCGUUUGUAUUUUGAUCCGUUGAUAAUCGAAUCGGUUAAAUGUGCCGAUUCUGCAAUUGAAAAAGCAGCAUGUGGCCAAACAGUCUAUUCAGCUUCAAGAUCGAUCACAGUGAAAUGGUCCGAUGGUCGAGAAGAUUUUUAUGAUGAUGGCAAUGUUGAAGCUCGCGAACGAGUUGAUGAUCUUGUUCAUAUGGCUUUAAGUGUUUGUGUGAGAAAAGAACAGCUGAUGAAAUUACUCGAAUCGAUUCAAUUGUGUCUAAGUAAAGCAGAUCAUGUCAUACCUGCUUGGAUUCGUUUAUAUCGUCAUUUAACAACACUCACUCUAUUCGAUGAUGACAUGAGUCGAAUACUAUUCGACCAAUUCUUUACUGUCGAUAUGUAUUCACCAUCGCAGAUUGUCGAAUUUAUUAAUGAGCUAUUCGAAAUAUGGCCUAAAAUCAAUGAUCAAAACAUUGUUGAAUCCGUCUCAAUAAACAUUGCAAAACUCAUUGAAAAUAUAAUUGCUUUCAAAACAAAUGAAUCAUCUACACUUGUCGAACAACUAAUUGAGCGAAUAUGUGCCUCUACCCCAGCUCAAAAUGUUCGUGGUCAUCUAUGUUUCUAUUUUCUUUUACAUGAUACUUUAGCCCUUUGCAAUUCCAAGGAUUUAACAUCAGCUCUAAAAAAAGUUGAUUUACCGAUUCUCAUCUGGUAUGCCGAUUAUGUUUUCUUGAAGACUGAAAAUACCGAUCAACAUCGACGUUAUCUUUUGUCCAUUCUAAAAAAUGUAAGUAUGUUCAGUCAACAUGAUUUGCUUUAUCAUUGGAUUGAACGUACUGCAUCUUCAUGUGUAUCUGAAGAAACAAUCGGAUUUGAAUUAAUUGAAAGUUCUAUUUGUCCUACAAGUACAUUACCUAUGUAUGUGCUUCAUUCGUCAACCGAUCGAAUUGAUCAACUUUUGACUUGUGUCAAAUCGCCAUGUGCUAUUAAAUAUAUCAAUACCUUUUUAUUAAUUAUCGAAGGCCUUGCUAGAAGUCAUACUGGUUCAUUGAAAUUAGCAGCAACGAUCAUUUUAGCCGAACUUCUCGAUUUAUCACCGAAUGAACGUGAAAUUCUUUCGCUCAAUGCAACAUCAACAAGUGACAUGAAUUCGAAUGUUGAAGCAGGCAUUAACGAUUCUAAAACACAACAACAUGCAUUCUUUUCAACCGAAAUUAAAAAUAAGCAAAACUAUGUUCAAGUACGAAAGGAAGAUUUUGUCAAAGCUGAAAAACUUUUAGAUGAGCUAAAAAAGUCUGCAGCCAAUAAAUUGGAUAAUCAUCUUAGAACAUAUUUACCUGAAGUUCAACCUGAUUCGAACAUUUUAACAUCUACCGAAGACGAAAAUCAAGAUCGACUUACUUUGACAGAAACAGCACUGGAAAAUGUAUCGAAAGUGAUGGAAGUCAUCAAUGAUCCUGUUCCGAUCUUGCUCGAAGGAAGUACAGGUGUCGGCAAAAGUGCAAGUAUAAUGGAAGCUGCCUACUUGUGUGGUCGUCGAGAAUUAGUUCGUUACAAUAUGUCGUCACGAGUAAGUAUAGAUGACCUACUCGGUAAAGUUGCUCUUGUCGUUGAUCUUGAAACUCAAUCAAGCAUAUUUCAAUUUGUCGAUGGAGCAUUUACUAAAGCAUUCUCAAAAGGCUAUUGGCUACUUUUGGAUGAACUUAAUCUUGCUCAAGAUACCGUCCUCCAAGCAAUCGAAUCGGCACUCGAUACAUGCCAAUUGACAAUCAAUAAUACAAGUUCGGCUACAACUCCUAUCAUCAUUCAUAAGAAGCACAAAGAUUUUCGUCUUUUUGCUACUCAAAAUCCGAAUUCCGGUUUUUUCAAAGGCAAACGAGAAAAACUAUCAGCUUCAACUCUAUCCCGUUUUCGUCCCAUGAUAUUCAAGGUGAUGCCCGAUGAAGAAUGGCGUCAAAUUGUCGAAACACGAUUGAAAACUUGUUUCCCUGAUCGUGCUAAAAGUCUGUCCGAAGAUCUUGUCUGUAAAUUCAAUGCCGAAAUCAAGAAAAUGGUUGCAGACAAAAAUUUCGAAGAAAUUGGUCCAUACACAGAAAUAUCAAUUCGAGAACUUCUAAAAUGGAUCAAUUUGCUCAUUUGGCAAAAAAAGAAUAAUCAAUGGCCGACCGAUAUUAAAGGUCAAACUGCUCUACUCAGUUUUGGGGCUUGGUGUAUCUACGGCGCUCGAUAUCGAUAUAAAGGUCGAAAUCGAAUUAAAGAAAUUAUUAAAGAUUUAGAAUGGCCCGAUGCCGCUAUUACUUCGAUCAAAUUCCGUGUCAAUCAAGAGAAUAACGAUUCAAUCAAUUUCGAUAACAUUCAAUGUCCAGCUCGUCUUGAUCUAAAAGUCGAUCAGCCUGAAUAUGAAUGGAAUCGAACAUUUAAAUUGACUGGCAUUUCGAUCAAAUUCAUGGCAGAUAUUUGGAAGAAAGCAUUUCAAGUUCACACAGAUAUUCAUCGUGCUAUUCUAACCGACAAUUUUAUCUCGUCUCAUGGAAUCUAUCGAAUCAAUCGAGCAUGGCUCUGGGAAUGGUUAGUGUCAGCAGCUCAAUCGUCCAUUCUUCAAUCAGAGGAUAAACUCACUCAAUGUGGUCUGCAAAUGUAUCAAUCACGAUUUCGUCAUACUCAAGCCCGCACUAUUAUUCAAUCGUGUUUCAAAAAAGUUUACAAUAUCACAUUGAACACAGAUGUUAAAUAUUCCUUCUCAACAGCUCAAGCCGAUCUUCCGUACGUGUUGACAGAUCGAGUAUUAACCGUACUUAAACAAGUCUGUUUUGAUCUUCGAAUUAAACAGCCAAUUCUUGUUACUGGUGGUGAGGCAUGUGGCAAAUCGGAACUUCUUCUUACACUUGCUUGGCUUCAUUCCAAACGUAUUCAUCAACUUAAUAUUACGCCAGAAACUGAACCAACAUCUCUCAUCGGUCAGCUCAUUCCCAACGAUACACAAGAUCCAGAUGAUCCUACUUAUGGUACCAAACUCAUAUGGCAACAUGGCGCAGUAACUGAAGGCUAUGUGAAUGGUGACUGGGUUCUUCUUGACAAUUUGGCUACUGCUGAAUCCUCUGUUUUGGAACGUCUCAAUCCAGUUUUGGAACAAAAUCCAAUGCUGAUAUUGACUGAACGGGGUGAUAUUGAUGCACAAAAACUGAAUCCUGAGUAUCAACUUGUUGCUACAAUGACGCCACCAUCAAGUCAACAACAUUCAUCUGUCAGCGGUGCAAGUGUUGAACUUUCACCUGCACUCUACAAUCGAUUUGCUAUCGUUCAUAUGGAAGACAUGCCUAUCGAGUCCGUCGAAAAAUGUGUUAAAGAACUUGAUCAAUUAGCUCAUGCUCUCUUACCUGAUGAUCCCGAUAUCAAACAUAGUUUGGCUGUUGAUCUCUGUAAGUCGAUCCUCUCAUUCUAUAAAAUCAACAAACAAAAUUUCCCAAAACUAACUCUACGUAACAUUGUUCGUCUACUCGAUAGUACAUAUCUGUUGCAUCGACAAAAUAAAAAAACUCUUUCAUUUGCAUCGAUACUUUGGACAGCUUUUCAUGUUACUAUUGUCAAUCAGAUUAAAGAUACUGUCAAUGAUAUCAGAAAUAAAUUAAUCAAAGAAGUUGAAAAACUUCUUAGUCAAAAUGGAAAUAAACCUGAACAACCGAAUUUUAUUGACUUGAUCAACAACAGUCCAGAGCAUAUUUUGACACUAUCAAGAAAAAAAUAUGCCGAUGCUGUACUCGGUGCUGUUGCAUGCAAUAUUCCUCUUCUAUUAGAAGGUCCAGCUGCAGUCGGAAAAACUGCACUCAUUUCACAUUUAUGCAAACAUAUGAAAACGAAUUCCCCCAAAAAAAUGACUCUCGAACGAGUAAACAAUACGGAUACGACGACAAUACAAGAUUAUCUCGGCUCAUUUUUACCUAGUAAUGAUGGUUUUGUAUUUAAGAAAGGUGCGCUCUAUUCAGCAAUGACAAAUGGAUCUUGGUUUCUUGCUGAUGAAUUCAAUUUGGCUGAUCCAUCUGUGAUGAACAUGUUAUUUCCAUUGCUUGAAGGCAAAAAUUCUAUCACUAUACCGUCAAGUGGAAAAGUUAUUUUAGCCGAACCAGGUUUUCGUUUUUUUGCCACUCAAAAUGAUGCGUCUUAUGCUAAUCGUCAUCGAUUACCAGAUUCAUUACGUAAUCGAUUUUUAGAAGUUCAAUUUGGUGAUUUUCCUCAAGAUGAACUUUCACAAAUCAUUGAACAACGUGAAGAACAAGGAAAACAAAAGCCAAAAUGUUUGAAUAAGAAGAGUGCUGAAGAAAUUUCAAAAUUCUAUCAUUAUAUUAUUAACAAACCGACACGUAUUACAUUUCGUGAAAUUGUCAAAUGGUUACAUCGUCAUUCGCUUUUUUCGCCCAAUACAGAUUUGUGGUCUAAAGUUGGGAUUUCUCUUCUUUGUGCUAAAUAUGCUCAGAAGUCAAACAUUCGAAAAGAGUUAAUCGACGAUUUCAAUAAGAUCUGGCCUCGUCUCGGUAAAAUCAAUGCUGAUUUUGUAUCAAAGAUUGAUAUCAAAACAAUCCCACCAAAUCAACUAUGUUUCACUGAAGAUGAACUUUCAGUCGAUAUCAUACCGGCAAAACUUGAAAAUAGUGAUCUUUGGAAUUCAAACAAUCAGAUUAUGCCACCAGAAACAUUUCGACGUUGUCUAAUUAGAAUUGCUCAUGCCGUCAAAGCGCGCGAACCUAUUCUUCUUGUCGGACCAACAUCAUGCAAAUCGUUACUUGUAGAAACAUGGGCAAUAAUAACGAAUCGCUCUGAUGAAUUUAUCAAAGUUCAUUUAACACCAGAUACAGAAGCGGGUGAUCUCAUCGGUGAAAUUCGCCCACAUUCAUUUCUCGACUUACUAAAACAAUUACCAUUAUUAGCUGAACGUGUUUUUCUCCGUGUACAAAGUCUCUAUCGUUCAACCAGUAACAAUGGGGAACUUUCUGCUGAUGCUAAAAUUCAAUUACAACCAUUUAAUAAAUUAAUUAAAAACGAUUUACCAUCUGCUAUAGCUCAAUUCGAAACGAAAUAUGCUCAAAAUGAAAAACGACGUCGUGAACAAGAAGAAUUAUAUGACGAUUCAUCGAACAUAGAAAAGGGAAUGACAGUAGUUCAAUCAUCUCCUCCAUCUGUAUCGAUGGGUGACACUGUCACAGAUCUUUUGGAAUCGGUCAAUCAAUCAAGUGGUCAUCAAAUGGGAUCAAAUGUUCACUUUUCUGACAUGAGCAUUGACGAAGAAUAUGAUAUACCGUUCAAUAAUAAUUCAAACUUCAUGCAAAGUACAACAUAUAACAAUACAGGACCUUCAAGUAAUAUUGACUAUAAUGAAAAUAGAUCAUAUGACGAUGGAUUUGGAACAAACAAUGUAAUUCAAUCAUCAACAGAUGUGGCCGAUGAUGGUUUUGGUGAAAUUAAUCUAGUCAAAUCAUCAUUCGAUACGUACGACGAUGGUUUUGGUGAAAAUAAACAAGUACAAUCGAUAGAAAAAGUGACUACAACUACUGAUAUUUCUGAUAAGAACCAAGUUGAUGACGAAAAUCUGUACGAUGAUGGUUUCAACAUGUUAUCUUAUCUACCACAGAACAAAAAUUUGGAAUCGCAAGAUGUAAAUGCAUCAUCAAAUACUCUUGAAAAUCAAUCAGGCGUAUUUAAAGACGAAUUUCCUAAUUAUCCAUCUUCUACAAUAACGUCUAGUGAUCAGUACAAAAACCCGACGGAUGAUGAUCUUUAUUCAAUUCAACAGUAUUUUUAUGAAACACCAUUUCCCGAAAAACUAAUGGAUUGUGUCGAUAAAAUAUUAGUUCAAUAUCUUUCAGUUUUUAAACACAAAUCAUUCCUUUCAUUUAAUCAAGAUUCUACUCUUCACGAUUAUUAUGAACGUUUUACAUCAAUGUGGGAUAGACUCAUUGCGAAGGAUACCGAUCGAACAAAACCUAUUUUUCUAUUUAAUGAUGGACCAGUAACGAUGACUGCCAAACAAGGUGGAAUUAUUUUUCUCGAAGAUCUCGAUUUACCAAGUCAAGCAGUCAUCGAACGACUUAAUUCAAUCCUUGAACCAUCGCCAACAUUUGCUCUUACCGAAGAUAUUACUAGUCAAACUAAUGAUAAGACUAAAGGUCAACUAGACAUUAAAAUUUUGCCUCAAUUUCAAAUAUUUGCCAGUGUACAUCAAGAACAAGAAUAUCAACUCUUAAAAUUGAGUCCAGCCACACGAUCUCGAUUCACAGAAAUUCAUGUUCCGUCAUAUACGGAAACUGAUAUCAAAGAUUUAGUUACAGGUGAAUUAAUCAAACGUGGUAUAAACAAAAAUCAAGUAAAUAAACUUGUUCCAAUUAUAUUUUCUUUACGUGAAAAACUCCGAAAAAAUCCUUCGUGGAAAGUUGAAAAUGAUAUUCAACUUUUAUUACGUUGGAUUGAUUUCAUUUUCAAUCAGCAUUUAUCCCUUUCGGAAGAACAUCGUCUUUGUCUUGGUGCUCGAUUUUUUUAUUUUGAUCAAUUGCCCAUGUCAUUACACAACGAAAUCUUCGACGAAUGGAGUAAACAACCAGACAGGAAAGAAUGGAUAAAAUAUGCUCCCAUUUUUCAACCUUCUAAAGAAACUCAUGGUGCACGUACACUUGAAUCUAUUAAAAAUAGUGAUAUUAACAGGACAUUUGUGUCUCCGUUCGAAAUUGGACAUGAUUAUAUUGCUCUUCGAUACACUGGUGUACGGUAUUCAUGGACAAGUAACAAACAAAUACCAACACUCGAUGAACUCAAACUUCUCUUUGUCGAUAAUGUACCUACGCCUACAUUGCUCAAUCAAAUUGCUCGUAUCUUUGCUGCAACAUCAUCAAAAACACCACUUCUUCUUGAAGGACCACCUGGCAUCGGAAAAACUCACGUUGUUACACAAGUAUGUAAACUAUUAAGCAAAGAUUGUGAACGAAUUAAUAUGUCGGCAAAUACAUCACUCGAUCAACUCAUCGGUUGUAUCAUACCUCGUUGUAUCAAUGGUCGACGAAUAUUCGAAUGGCAAGAUGGAAAAGUCGUAGAUGCAUUGAGAAAUCAUCGUUGGAUCUUAUUCGAUGAAUUGAAUCUUGCAUCACCAGAAGUAUUACAAGGUCUAACACCACUAUUUUAUCGGGGAUCGAAACAAUUUAUUAUACCAUCAACAAAUGAAUCUGUUGAUACAUCGUCAAUACUCAUAUUUGCAACAAUGAAUCCAGCGACUAUAGGCGGAGGACGAAGUAAAUUACCACGAUCGAUUAGUAAUCUAUUUACAAUUGUUCAACUUGAAGAUUACAAAGAUGAUGAACUUCGUAUUAUUCUUAGUGAUUUAUUUCGAAUUGAUAUACAUCAAUUGACAAUCGAUAAUGAACAAUUAUCCAAAAUAUUUGAAUUACAUAAAGAAAUCAAACGUGAUGUUGAACAAGGUAUAAUCGGUUCGAUGGGUGGUCCAUAUGAAAUGAAUUUACGUGAUCUAUCAAAAUUUCGUGAUGUAUUUCGUGGUUCUAUUCGAAAUCAGAUGCAUCAUUAUCAAUAUAUUAAUGCGACAGAUAAUGAAACAAAAGAUGAAAAUUUCGAUUUAGCUGAAAAGACAAAAUUGUCGAUCCGAAAAUUUGCUCAAGUUGUCUAUGCUUGUCAAUUUCAAGGUCAACAUGAUUUCAAACAUGUUUGUCAUUUAAUCAAGGAAAAAUUUGAAAUAAAAAAAAAUUUAGAAAAAUGGGAAAACGAUCGAUCAAUUGAUGCAGCAAUACCAAAUGUCGUUAGAAUCGGUUCGAUCUAUAUUAAUACAGGAAUAGAAGAACCAAAUAAAAUCUUAUCUGGUCUCAUCCAUACAAAACAAACAAUUGAACAACUUGAAUUAUUAGCUACUGCUUGUCAAUCAAAACGAGCUAUUCUACUUGAAGGUGAUAUUUGUUCAAGAAAAUCUUCUCUCGUCAUUGAACUUGCUCGUGUAACACGCAAUCAUUUAAUUGUUAUACCACUUCACGAAAAUUUUGAAACAUCGGAUUUAAUUGGUACAUGGUUACCAUCAACAGUUGACACACGUAAUAAUACAUUAUUUAUUAAAAUUGAUAAACUCUUUAAACAAAUAUCUAAAUUGCUCCUUCUCGUUUGUAUGCCAUUGCUCAAUAAUGAAAGUAAUCGAUAUCUAUUUACUGAAUUUGAGUCAAUCAUACAACAACGAAAUGUUAGUCUUGAUAAGGAUUAUACAACAUCAGUUGAUCAAUUCGAAAAUAUUGAAUAUGAGAAGGAUACUCUUGAAAAAGUCAAAACUCUAUUUAAGCCAUUAAGUAAAAUGCAUCAAAUGCCGAGUUCACUCAACGUUUUCAUUACAUGUUUUGUUCGACAAGCUGAUUAUUUCAUUUUGAAACUUGACGAACUCAAACAUAAAGGCAAAGACAAAGAUGAAGUUGGAUUUUCAUUUGUUGAAUCAGAAUUAGUUGAAGCGAUUCGUGAAGGUUGGUGGGUUCUAUUGGAUAAUGUCAAUUCAGCUCCGCCUGAAGUAUUGGAACGAUUGAACUCUUUAACCGAAGAUAAUCCCAUGUUAUCCUUAUAUGAAAAAUCGAGUGGAGAAAUAUUGAAUCAAAAACAUGGCAUUCAUCCCAACUUUAGAUUAUUCACAACGGCCAAUCUCAAUCGCGUUCAUUCGAACAAGCUCUCAUCAGCAUUUCUCAACAGAGUCAUUAAAAUUUGGUUACCUUCAAUGGACGCUGAUAUCAAUAUAAACACCAUUGAUUCAAUAAAAUCAAACGAUCUUUAUGAACUUUUAGGUGUUCAAUUGGCCGAUGUACCAGCUGGAAAACAACUAACUGAACUACUUCUUCUUACUCAUAGCAAAGUGAAACAAGAUGUCAAAGAAGGUAAACUUGUCUAUCCAACAGAUUAUACAGUAACUUAUAGACAAUUGGAUCAAUGCGUACGAACUAUGAUCUAUCAUAUUAAGAAUCAAAUCGAUCCUGUAUCUGCCUGUUAUUGGUCAAUUCUUCGUUCUUAUGCAUCACUUCUAUCAGACAAUGAACAUUAUAUGUAUUUUGUCAAAAGUCUAAAAAACUCAAUGAAUGAACUUAAACUGAAUACAAUGUCAAUAUUUUCCACAUCGGAAAGUGUUGAUACUAAACAACUGCUUUGGAUUCAAGAUGGAAAUAAAAUUCAAGUUGAAUUUAUCGAAAUUGAACGUUGUCUUGCGGAAUUUAUUUUUGGACUAAUUGAAAACAUUUCAUUUUUGCAAUAUCGAUCAAAGGAAAAAAAUUAUGAAUUAUUGAAUUUGUUUAUUGAUGAAAUUCUCAUUCGAAUGUAUCCAGAAAAUUCCAAUUUAAAUAAUAUUAAACAAUUAAUAACAAAUUCUACUGAUAAUCAACAAACUGUCGAUGAUCCAUUCGAAUUAUUGAAAACGUUAAAGAUUAUUGAAUCAUCUAUCAAUAAUCAACAACAACAAAAUGUUGAAUUCAACAUUCGAGAACUUAUUGAAAAGACAAAUCAUUUGAAAUUGUCAUUCGAAAAUGUAUGUACUUUGUUGAAUGUGUUCAUUCAAAAUACAUCAUUUACCGAUACACACGAACGUCAUCAUUUUCUUCAACGUAUCAUUUCAAUUGCACAAAUAUUUACCAAUUUUCUUGGUUCAUCUCAUUUUUCACCCUCAUUAUUUCAGUCGGCUCAUUCAACACUUAUUUUUACAUUUUGUAAUCAACUUAUCGGUCUCAUUCGACUUAUUUUAACAUUUAAAACUAAAUGUAUUUCAUAUGAAAUAUUCCAGGAACCGGCAUUUGUCGAUGCACAAAAUAAAUUUCGUAUACAUAUGUUUCAACAUUUUGAAAGUGGUCUCAUUUGGGCAUUUGAACGAGCUCAUGCUACACCGAUCAUGAUAACACGCAAUGAUUUUAGUAUGCUUAUGUCGGAUGUUCUCAAUAAAGAAUAUCAUAAUCUUGAAAAAACAAAUCCAAUUAAAUAUUAUCAUCUUCUUAUGCAAUGGACUGGUUUACAAUGGAUAUUCGAAUCAUUUUUAACCAAAAGUCUACAAAAUGCAUUUCAAAAAAAUAAUUGUAUUACAAUUGAUUUUAUUAUUGAAUGCGAAACUAAAUUAUGUUGUCAAACAUUAACAAAAAAGAUUUCAUUGGCCAUUCAACAAUGUAUUAAAGCAUUUCCAUUGGAAUCGAAUACUUUAGAAAUCGAUUUUAAUGAAGCAAAAACCAAUUUAGAUAAAAAACAACGUGAAAUCGAUAAUUGUAAAAAGAAAAUUGCUGCAAUUGAAAAAGCAAUUUCAGAAAAAAAAGAAUUGGAAGACAAUGCGACAUUGGUAAAUAGUACUCAAACACAACCAUCGUUACUUUCAGGAGCUGGAUCAAUCUUUGAUCCGAACACUACAUUGAUUGAUGGAGAUGAACUUUUGAAAAAUCUUAUUCAAGAACUUGACAUACUUAAAAUAGACUAUCAAGAUCUUUCAAAAACCCAUACAAUGUAUUUAGAGAAACGAAUAGCAACAAUUGAAAAAGCACAACAAGCACGUAACACAUUUCUUCAUUCGAUGAAAAAUUUGUUUGAUAAUGAAGAUUGUCAAUUUCUGUUUCGACGCUUUCAAUUACCAGAUUCUAAUCAACUCAAUCAUCUUAUUGAGCUUCUUUACAAUAGUCGACAAAAUCCCUCACUUCUACAAUCUGAUCAUACACUCAAUGUUCAAGCUGUAUUAAGAACAGAAUUUGGUCAGAUAUUGAUCGAUAAUGAUGAUAUUUUAGAAAAUCCAAUUAUUCAUUUCAUCUGUGGUUUCUUUUUCUUGCCAUCAUUUAUAUCAAGAGUAUUCAACAUAACUGUUAUUUCAUCAUGGAAGGAAUUACGUCAAGAUAAUACAAUACAAUUUCGUUCACUCAAACAACGUCACAUCGUUUUAUAUUGUCCGAACAAACAAUCAGAUCAAUGUUGUUUAUUGUCUGUUCAAAAUUCUGCUCAAUUGAUGAUAAUUACAAUGUGGACUUUUCACGGUCACAUUGAUAUUAAUGAACUCGAGGAAAUUUUAUCUGACAUAUUGCCAACUAAGAUUCAACGACGAUACGAACAGAAACUACUUGAAAGAGUAACAAAUAUGUCUGAUACUGAUCAACAAACAUUUGCUAUUUCUUCUUUGGUUCUACUUCAACAUGAUCCAACUUGGAAAAUCGAUUCUGAAAUAUCAUUGGCAAGUACAGAUCUUUACAGUCAAGUAUCACAUGUCUAUUCUCAAUUGAAACAAUUCUCUCAACAUAAUCAAAUAAAACGAAAACAACCAACAAAGUUAACUUAUCAAAAUCUUGUUCGAUUUCAAUCAGAUCUACAAAAAUUGUCCAAUGAACAAAUCGAUAAUGAAUGGAUAUCAAUCAAAAAUCUAUCAGAUCUUUUAAAAUCUUAUCAGAAUAUAUUUUCAUCUGUCAAUAAUCAAAGUCUCUUGCAAGAUGUUAACAAUUAUAUUCACACAAUUCAACCACCGAACAUUGGAAGUCAAAUUACUUCACUUGCUUUUAUCCAACCUCUUGGUACAAAAUAUGCAUGUAUUGGAAGGAUAGAUGCACAUCUACGAAAAUCGGUCUUUGAUAAUAAUACUGUCGGAUUAAUAUUUGAUGAAAAAGCAAAACAUUUUCAAUUAGUCUUUGAAUUCAUCAAUAAAAGUAUUCGAUUACUCAAAUUACUUACUCAACAUGUUAUAUAUGGAAGUGAACAUGUCUUGGAUAAACUGUAUCAAACAACACCGAUUAUAAUAGUUCAUCUUGAAAAAAUCUUCCAAUCAACUCUUUCAAUGAUUGAUUUGAAUGAAAGUAAUAUUUGUACUCGUGUCGUCAAACAUGAAGAUGUUUUUCAUCUAAUGCAAACUGAACUUGAUCAAUAUCUUAAUGAUAUGUUCUUUACACCGUUUGUAUCGAAGUAUAAUCUACAAAAUUUUGUUUUAUCCAUCGCUCCACUAUUUCAAGAACGUCGUCGUAUAGACGAAACAAAACCAAAUCCUCCACCCGGUCCAUCGAUUCCUUCAGGUGAAAAUCGAAACCAAAAAAGAAUCGAUGAAUGUAUUAAAAAAUUGAAUGAAUUACUAACACGAGCUGAUACGUUACCUAUUCGUCCUCAUGAAAUUAUCGGUCGUAUACGUAACACACUUGGACGACUUCAAUUGAUUGAUAUUAACAAAGAUACAGAAGCUCGAAUUCAAUUAAUUCUUGCUGAAGAGAAAACUUUAACUUCACAAAUAAAUUCAUACAUAGAUCAAAUUAAACAAAAAACAAUAUUAAAAAAAAAUAUACCAAAGAUAAAUGCGAUCACUCCUUUAACUUUUGAUGAUCUUCAACUGGAUAAUUCGAAACUUAAAACAUCAAAUCAAGAAAUUUUCUUUCGAGACCAACAAACACAGAUUACCAAAGCAAGUUCAUCUCAAUCAUUCACUCAAUUAGCACAAGUAACUGGACUCAUCAAUCAACAAGUAGCAAAUCGAACAUGGAUUCAAGCACUCUCAUUAGUAGCACAAAACGAAUGGAUUUCAACAAAUUCAUCAUCUUCCCUUUAUCUAAAGAAAGCCAUAUCAUCAUUGAGCAAUACUUUGGCUAUACAACUUGAACGAACGUUAUCAUCUACAAUUGGAGAUCCUAAUGAUCAACAAAUUUUGAUACUAGCAAAUAAUAUAACACUUGCCUAUGUUCAAUUUCGAUGCAAUUUACUUAAUGAAGAAGCUAAAAAUAAACGACUAUCGAACUAUGAAGCCAUUGCAGAAUUUUCAAAAGCUAUAAACGAUUGGAAAAAAGUAUUACAUGUACAUGUUCUCAACAUGUUCGAAUCCGUUCAAAUGAUUAUUCACGAUUUAACAUUUACUCGAAAUUGUAUUAAAAAUUAUACAAACGAUGCAAGUUGUUGUCUUGUACCAAUCAUUAUUCGACCUGAAGAUAUUCUUUGUUUACUAGCACCAGAACAAACAUUAAUUAUUCGAACAAUUUCCGCUAAUUAUACUAAAAUUGACGAAUAUCUAUCUGAUCCAGCAUUAAUGACAUCGAAUUUUGAUAAAACAACUUUACUUGAAUUUGACGAAACAACGAUAACAUCAAAUAUCACCACAGGUCUAGCGAGUUUUAUAUACGAUAAUGAUCCAAAAAAAUUAUUGAUCAAUCGUGAGAAUCAUCUUAACUAUAUUAUUAAUAGUGCUAUCACUUUUUCUAAACAAUUGAUUGAUCUAUGUGUAGAAUCAAAUUCAAAAAAUGGAUUUUUAAUGAAAUUAGCCAUGAGCGUUGCAGAACUUUUUCCAAUUCAAAUCGUUUCAUCACUUGGACUUAUUAUUCUGGCAAAUUGGUCGGCAUUAAGUAUCUGCGAGUUCGAAUAUCGUAGCAGACUUGACUUUUUACAAUUAAAAGGCGAUGAAUCUGAAAUAGUUACACUUGAAAUGGAACUUGAAAACCUUGAGAAAACAUAUCGAGAACAAAAAGAAAAAGUUGAACAACUCGAAAAAGAAAUCAACAAAUUGAAUAUAAAUCUCAAUUUAUCAGAAAAUAUGAUUGAAAGACGAGAGAUACGAGAAGAAAUUCGUAUAUUGGAAAAGAAAAAAGACGACGAACAAAAACAAUUAAACGCCAAUAAAAGUAAACAAACAUCUCAAACGAAAGAUAUUGACACACGAAGAACUGCAUACAAUCAAAAACGGCAAUUUGAGCAAGAAAAAUGGGUUGAAAAAGUUACCAAUCAAAUCAAAUUGAUUUCAAAUCAGAUUCAAAAAUGCAUACAGACAAUUGAAACAAUGUGUACUGACAAAUCAACGACCAUUGAUGAUUCAAUAUCAGCUACACCACAUGUAGGAGAUGUAUUGAUCAAUAUUGUCAUAGAACUUGCUCAUCAUCAACUUGUGGAGUUCGGAUCGGAAACAAAAACACCUGUCAUAAACAAUGAUAUUAUCAAGGCUAAAUCGACCAUUCAAAAAGCUUUAAUUGAUUUGAAUGAUGAUGCAUCUCAACUAGCAGAUAAACACAACGAUCCAAUGUAUAGAUUUUUGCAAUUCUAUUCCAGUAUUAUGCAGAUUGGCCUUGAUACAAUGAUUAAUUCAAUAGCAAGUUGGUCGAUUUAUUCAAAAAGAAUUCAAUCAAAACAAAUGUCAUUAUUUGUUGAAUCGAAAAAGAAAAAAGAUUUUUGUGAUCUCAAUAAAUGGAUACGAGAGAAAUGUAUUCUUUUCAUUGAAAAUGUUCUUCAUGGUGAUGAAAUAACCAAACUUGAAGAACAAAUAAGUAAACGAAUUUAUACUGAUAUUGGCAAUCUUGCGACAGUUCUAUCAGGUGACAAUAGUCAUUAUAUUCAACAAUCUCUUGGACAAUUUCAACAUUUCAUCUAUAAUUUACUUAUCGCAGGUUGUCGAUACAUUCAAAUUCGACUUGGUUGUACAACUAAUUCUCUUGAUGAUCUUUUAAGUCCAAUUACACGCGAACAAAUCAAUCCCGAUUUUCCUCAUACUGAAUCUGAUCUUUUACAAUUAAUCACUAUGAGUGAAACACAAUUUAGAAGUCGAAGUGAAUCAUUACUCUAUCAAGUUAUUCACAUUACAUUUGGACUUAAUACUAAUAUAUUUAGUCUUAUUGAUAAGCUUGAUUCAUCGAUUGAAACUGUCGAUCAUCUUCUUCUACCAUCAUCUUACAUGAUCGGACAAUUAUGGCGUGCAAUUGAUACACUUUUAACUCACAUUUCAAACAAGAUAACCGAUGAUGAAGACAAAGUACUUCGAAAACUAUGUCAAGUAUUCUUUAAAAAUAUCAAUCAAAAACUCAAUGAUGAAGAUCUUUUUCUUGCCGAACAAAUCAAUUCAAGAUUUGUUGCCAAUCUAUUCAAAUCGAUUGAAGAUUUGCGUUAUAUCCUAGAAAAAAAUCGAUCAAAAAUGAAAACAUUUUGCGAUGAUCUAUUUGUUCAUUUAAAUGCAACACUUAAAGAAAUUAUGCGUGGUUUUAUUAAAUCAGGAAAAUAUCAAAUACAAAUAUUGAUAGAAUUAAAUGAUGGAAAAACAAAAGAUUUUCAUUUACUUUUUGAUAAAACUAAAAAUCAUGAUAAUAUUCAACUUAUUGAUAUUAAUAGAAUUUUGAAAAAUAAAGAAAAUCUUCUCAAUACAUCAAAAGCAAAUGAUAAACGAUUAAUAUUACAAAAAAUUCAAAUAUUCUAUUCUCUUCUUCGUGGUUUAAUCGACAAUCUUGAAAAUAUUGUUAUGAAUAUGUCAUUUGAACCGAUUAAUUAUGAUUUUUUAGAAAAAUUACUAGAAACUAUUAAAUCAUUUUAUACCGAUGGACAAAAUAUUUUGAAAAUACCAUUGAACAAAUUUAUUAUCAAUGAAAAAGAAAUCGAUAAACAACUUGAUAAUCUCGAAAAAACUUGGCAAUUAGAAAAGACAAUAUUUCUCGAUCAAGUUGCCAAUAGUAACACUGAUGCUGAGAAAAAAAUCAAAAAAUUUAUAUCGGCCGUAAAUAAAAUUCAACCAUGUGUUCAAUUGGCUCAACAAGCUGAUACUAACUGGAAUUUAGCUGUGAAAAAACUUGACAACUUGAACCUACAAAAAAAAAAUCAACGUGAUUAUAACAAAGAUAACGAACAAAUAAAAAAUAUGCCAAUCACACUUUUCUUGAAAACAUUUAAAUCGAACUAUAUCGAUAUUGGAACGACGAUCAAACUAAAUUCAUCAUUACAAAUUCCAAAAUUGCCUACAAUCAAAAUUCUGAAUGAAUUAUUUAAUCAAUUACCUACUCAUCAAACUCUUCAACAAAUUGUAAAUAAAGCUACAAGUAAUAACAUAAAUAUGACUAUAUACGAUAACCCUACAUCACUUGACAAUAUCGAUGAAAAACGUGAUAUCAAAGGGCAAAUCACUCAUGAAAUGAUCAAUGCAUUUAACUUGGGAAAAGAUUGUCAAUUACAAAUGAGAAAAAUAUUGGAUUCAGUUAUUUCAUCUUUGUGUGAUGUUCGUCUUCAACUUUUAAUUUCCUAUGCAUGGGCGCAUUCAAUAAACAAUGAUGAAACUAUCCAAUCAGAGACAACAAUCAAAACUUUUUUGAAAGAAACCGAACAACUUUAUCGUUUAUUAGAGGAAAACAAUGAAAAUUCUACUCAAAUAAUUUCCUGGGCAAAAAUGACAAAACAAGCUCAAGAUAUUUAUCGAUCAACAAAUCGAACAACAAAUAAAUGGCAAGAAAUUCGUCAUCGAAUGGCCAUACCAUUAAUGAUAGAAGAGGAUGUAAAAGAUGCAUUUUUAAAUUCUAAAUCAGCUGGUGAUGCACAUCUGUGGCUUCAUUUUCCUGAUCAAUCAUCUCAACAAGUGAAUAAUAUCGUAUGUGAACCACAAUUAGCACACGUCGAUUUUGGGAUUAUUUUCAGUGGAAUUCGUCAACGUAUUACUCAACAAAUCAUUCUACAUAAUGAGACAGACAAUGAUAUUAAUAUUCAAAUUAAACGACAAACAGCAAUUGAGUUCGAUUUCAAUAUUACACCUGAUCAACUCAUUGUACCGACAAAAGAUAUUGCUGAAAUUGAUGUUCUUUUCAAAUCACCCGAUAAAUUCAUUGGUCAAAUAGCUGAAACGUUGGAUUUCACUAUCGAUAAUAAAUUGAAUUUGAAUGGCGUAAUUCGAUUACGUGCUCAAAUUGUUAAAGUUGAUCUGGAAAUCGGAUCGGGUGCAAUCAAAUGUGAACAGAACGAUAAAGAAUUUUGGGAAGUUGAUUUCAGUCAUGUACCAUGUGGUAGUACAGAUAUGGUUAAAUCGAUUGAGUUGAAAAAUGCUCUUGAAUCGACUUUACAAGUCAAAGCUCAAAUACAAACAAAUGAUAAGAAUUAUCAAUCAAGUAUUAUUAUUAUCAAAAAUGAAUUUAUAAUCGAAGGAAAAACGACAAAACUUCUUAAUUUAAAACUUCAACCACCUGAAAAUAAUAAUAUUGAUGAAAAUUUUGAAGCUCUUAUUUGUCUUGCCAUAAGUCCAUCGAAAAAUAUCAAAUGGAUUAAAGCGAAAGCUUGUAUUCGUCGUCCUCUACUUUCAAUAUUCUAUGGAAAGGUUCCUUUGAUUGAAAAUUCCAAGCCAACAGGAAUAUUAACUAUAUCAGAUUUUUAUAUGGGUGAACAUCGAACUGUUCCAUUCGAAUUCAAAAAUACUGGAGACACAGAUUUUACACUCUCUAUCACAUCAAGAGAUUUACAAUGGAAAUAUGAAAAUAUUUAUCUUCAAAUGGGAAAAUCGUCUACAAUCGAAAUACCAAUAAAUAUACCUCAAGAAAAACGAACAACAUUUUCGAUUAAUAUUAAAUUUCUCAAUAUUAAAAGAUGCUGUACAUUACAACUAAUCUGUGAAACAUUGACACCUCUACUCGACAUACCUACUAUUAUUAAGAAAACAAUAAAAAUAAGUCAAUCAGCUGAUUUACAAGCGUUAUAUGAUUCUUACGCGAGAUGUUUAAAUCCAAUCACAUUCGAAGGUAUUUUUAAGAAUAAGGGUCAAACGGCGACCGUUAUUUCGUUUACUCGAUUUCUAUCGAUAGAGAAAAACGAUACGUUAGAUAUGAAAUUUGGUAUGAAGCCAAACAAUCUGAAGAUUCCACCUGGAACCGAUGCCAUAGUUAAUUUCGUAUAUGAACCAAUCGAUCUAUGUGAUUUCAAAGGUCACAUUCAACUUCAAACAAAUUGUUCAUCUGAACCAAAAACAAUUGAAUUUCAUUUUGAAGUUCGAAAACCAAAUUUUCUUGCGUGUCCUCAAUCAAUAAUUUCAUGGGGAAAAAUUGAAACCGGUCGCAUUGAACGACCAUUAUUCAAAGUUAAGAAUACAGGAACAAAUCCAUUACGAUUUAGUGUAGAAUCGGUCAAAUAUCAACAAUCAUUUGUAGAAGCAGCAUCCAUUUUAAACAAAUCGUCUGAAAAUUCAUCCAUCGGCCAUCCUUUUCGAAUCAAUCCAACUGAAGAAGAUCAAUUCAAUAUAACGAUAACAUCUGGUGAAAUCCAAUUCAAUCAAAUAAGUACGUCGUCACUUGUCGAACUUGUUGAAUUCAAUCUGCAAAGUUUAUGCGAUCCGGUUAUAUCUAUCGAUGGACAAUUGAAAAAUCGUUCAAUAAAAAUACUCGUUAUUGGACUUCAAGACGAAGAUCUUAACCAAGAGAAUCAGUUCAAACAUUUGACCGAUUGGAAUACCCUUCGAAUAGUACCAUCAAAACAAAUUAGACAUAUCGCAACGAAUAUCAAUCUAUACCAACCAUAUUCACUACUUAUUACAAUGAUUUCUGCUGCUUAUGCAGCUAAUUCAAGUCAAAUCAUUACACUUCCACAGAGUGAAGAAGAUUGCGAAUCACAUGUACGAAAAAUACAUGUCGAAAGCAAAACUUUAAUUUCCCCAUUGACUGUGACUGAUAUAUCUGGAAAUGUAUCUUCAGACAAAAUCAAAUUACUUUAUACAUAUUGUAAAUCAGGCGUUAGAAAUUCUGAAUUUUAUCGUCAUUCAACAUUAUUGCAUCAUUCAUUCGAUUAUAGUCAUCUACAAACAUCGAUUCGUUUACGACUCUAUGCAACAAUUAAUUCAACAUCGAACAAUGAUGAAGCUUAUACAAUGCAAUCAUAUAUCUCAAUAAUCUUGUCUAUGUACGAGAAGAUUAAUCGAAAUGAUAAUCUAUGUUGUCAAGCAUUGAAAACUCUUGAAAUAUGCAUAGGCAAAGACCCAUUAAUGCCAAAAUAUAUUCAACCAUUCAUUCAAUAUAUUCGUUUUGUUACAACACGAACAACGAACAUUAAUGAUAUUGAACAUCUACUUGCUGAUGUUCUACGUUCAUCAAAAUCUUCAUCAGUCGAUCUAUAUCAUUUACUAACAUCGAAUUCAAAUGAUGUCAAAUGGGCACUUCGUUUUUCAUGUAUACCAACCAAAAUCAAACAAAUUCUUAUCUCUUUGAUUGAAAAACAAGACAAUUUUGAUUCUUCACUUAUUUCAUGUCAUUUAAUUGUUGCUUCAUUUCAUAAAUAUUCAAUAUGGCAAAAAAGUUUACUACGAGGUUUACAAUGGAUUGGAAAACCUUGGCAUGAUGUAAAUCAAGACGACAAAUUAACUUUAUUAUCGGCUAUUUUACCAGAUCAAAUUCAGCUUGUUGAUCUUGUAACAUCAUUCAAAACUACCGAUAAUGAUAAGUUAACCAUCCUCAAAGCAACUAGUUUCAUUCUCAACUAUUUUAAGUGUUCAGACAAUUUUUCGAAGGUUGAAAAAAUCUUUGAACGUCGAUAUUCAGAGAAUAUCAGUGCUACUCUCCAGGAUAUGGGUUACCAAGAUUUAGACAGUAGACGGAAACUUGUUGGGAAUAUACAAUCGUGUUCUCAAACCCGUAUUCUGUCCGAGUUUGUAAACAAAUAUUGCGAAAUUUUACGCAUCAUGCUUGCGCUUGAAUCUAAUCAAUGGAAUUCGGUUCGCACAACUGUGGUUAAUUUUUCCAAUCUACUAUAUCGAUCAAUUGAAGGAAAUACGAAUACAGUAGAUCAAAUUAUCAUUGACUCAAUGUUAUUAGCAGCUGAAUUUCAUUCUCAUGGUGUUUCAUGGUCUUCAAUGCAACAAAAAUUCAAGGAAUAUGUUAAUACUAAAGAUUCAAAUGUAUUAACGAGUUUCAUCAAUAUGAUGGAUACGACAGAUACAAAUAACUCAAUCAAAUCAGUAAUUAAACACAUCAAUCAGAUUUGUUCUGCACAACCGAAUGAAGAAUUAUUUGAAAAUACAUUUCAACUUUGUCAAAUGAUGAUUAACGAAAAUGAACAAAUUCAACUUAAACAAAAAUGUCAAAUUAUUGAAGACAUUCCAUCUACAUUAUCGAUGAUCGAUAUAUUGCCGAUGAUAGAAAAUAUUGUUUCAGAUUCUGUUGAAUAUAAAAACUCUAUUAAUGCAUAUCUUCAUUUAAUCAAAGUUUUCAAGACUUUAAAAUCAAAUAUUAAUCAAUUAGAUGAUCAAAUUCAAUUUGAAUUACUCGAACAAAUUGUUCCAUCAUGGUUGAAUUUGAUUAAUGAAAAUUCGCAAACAAAUGAACAGUUUUUUAAUGUUCUAUCAUCAUUUUUAACAUCAUUUCAUGGUCUUCUUCUAUCUCGUGAUACGCCCUUCAAUGAACGACUCUAUACAAUUGCAUUAACAACUGCUCUUUGUAAAUUAUCAAAUUAUCGAUUCUCUAAACAUGUUAUCAAUGAUCAAACACAUCAAUUGGAUACACGAUCAAAAGCUAUUAUCGAAUCUAUUCGACGAAAAUUAGUUCAACAGCCUCAAAUAACUUUGAUAACAUCCAGUUCUUCUAGUAAUUUGACAAAUGAAAAUACAGCAGAAUCCAUCAAUCCUCGACAAUUGUUUCGACAAGCUUCAAUUUACAAUACUCAAUAUUCAGCAUCGAUGCUUGUUAAAAUGUCGAAUUUCAUGAAAAAUUAUGUUAAUCAACAAAAUAUACAACGGCAAACAUUUGAAGAUUCUGAUAAAUUGUGUGAUAUCAUUCAACAAGCAUUCACUAAUCGUCAAAAUAUUGAUCAAUGGCUUUCAGUAUUUCGAACAUUUAAUAUUAUACUUCGUUAUAAUCCAGAAUUGGAUACAGAAACAACUAUUACUCAAAGUCAUCAUAUUGUCAAACAUGGUCUUCAACUACUUUUGAAUUCAAUUAUAAUUAAACAAAUUUUAGAAGAAUCAUUUUCUCGUAUUGGUAUUCAAUUCAUUAUUAUCGAUAUCACUCGAAUUGAAAAAUUUCUUCUUUCACUUGCCUUAGAAAACUAUCCAUAUCUCAGACAAACAUUACGUCAACUUCAAAUUGAUGUUAGCAGAAUCAAACAGACAUUACCAUCAAGAACAUUCAAUCCUAUUACUUUGGCAAUACGAAACGAACCUUCAUUGCCAACGGAACCCGAAGAUCCAGGUGAGGAUAAUGAUAAUAUUUCAAUACCACCAGAAAAAUUCGAUCCAGAUAAACCGAUCAGUCCUAGUGAAUGGUUGAAAGAAAUAAAAAAUGACAAGGGUUUAGGAAUUAGGAAUAUUGUCACAAAACCACAAAAAUCGACAACCAUAACAAGCGGUAAACCAGAUAAAAUUACUAAAAUAGAUCAAAUUCAACAGCAUGUCAACAGUGUAUUGAAAGAAAGUAUCAAUAAUCAAGGAACACCAGGCACAGGUCCAAUACCGGAUCCCCUACAAGCUGGAUCAGAGAAUGAGAUGGCUAAAAAUAUCGAAGUUGAUUUCACAGAAGCUACGUUACGCCAAUACAUGAAAAACCAAGCAGAAAUAAUGGAACAAUUCAAAAAAUCUAGUGUCAGAAAAAUCUUCGAUGAUACAGGCCCAACUCUUGACGAUCGAGGUAAAUUAGAAUUUGAUAAAAAAAUCGAAAAUUGGACGUAUCAAAAACUUGUCAAAUCGAAAACAAUUUCAUGGAUGAUCGAUACAAUGUUAGAAGAAUUUCAAAAACGUUGGGAAAUAUUAUUAAAUAAUCGAACAAAUCAAUUGGAAGUUCGUUGGUGCAUUCUGAUUGAUAAUUCCGGUUCAAUGAGUCUUCAUAGAAAUUCGAUCUAUGAAAGUUUAGUUAUACUUAUGGAAUUAUUACGUAAGAUGGAAUUCAAAUUUGCAGUUGCAAGAUUUGGUGGUCGGACAAAUCAAAAAAUAUUGAAAGAUAUCGAUAAAGGUUUUACCGAUCAAGAUGGUCAAUACAUUCUCGAAGCAAUUACAUUUGACGAAGGAACAUAUCCAGCUACUGGUCUUCAACGGAUUGCCAACAAAAUUUUUCCGAAAACAGAAUCCGAACCGAAGGCACAUCAACUUGUUCUUAUGAUCACCGAUGGUUUAACACAAGAACGUGAUCCUGAAAGUUUUUCGAGUACAAUUGGUAAGAAUAAAAUCAAUCUUGGCGUUAUGUUUAUUGAAACAAUUGAACAAAAAUCGAGCGAACUUUUAUUAACCUCACUUAGUCAAUUAAUUAAACACAAAGUUUUAAAAUCGAACGCUAUCCAAACAUUACCACUUGAAUUAGCUGAUCUUAUGAAUUCAAUGAUCGAAGCAUGCGCAAACUCUGAAACUAAAUCAACUACAUUGUUUCACACGGAAGGACCAAUAAAAAUUGAAAAGUCCGUAUUUGAUGCAGAAAAAAUACUAAAAAUUUCAUCAACUGAAAAAACAGAAAACCCAAUUGAUCAAUCAGAACAUCGUCUCGAUUACAAAAUUAGUAAACCAAAUGCAUCGAUUCCAAAACUUGAUCGUAUCGAUAAACAACAAAUUACUGAAUAUUUAUCACCAGUAAAAACUUUUACAAACUAUGCAUCGAUAACCGAAGAACUUCGUCAAUUCUAUCAGACAUUAACAUUAGAUAGUACACAAACAGGUGAACAAUCGUGGGACAUCGAUGAACGACAUUUUACCGGUCUUAUCGAUGAGCUUACAACAGUUCUUGGUGAUGUUGUAUUUCCCAUAAAUAAAUUUACUCGACGUCGAGCAGCUCUGCGUGGAUCUUCGCUUUAUCUACCCGGUUUGAUCAAGGCAAUGACAAGUGAAUGGUCAUACAAAAAAAUAUUCAGCGCAAAAUUAGCUGGUGGGAAACGGGAUCAUGCCGCUUAUAUUGUUCUCGACAUUUCAACAUCGAUGUUUGGACUUCUCGGCAAAGGUCUACAGAACACAGCAGUGACACUAGUUGGUGCGUUGACAAAAUUGGGCUUAGAAAAUUAUGGAAUUAUUGUUUUCGGCAGCAAAAUUCGAUUGAUAAAAACUAGUGAACAAGCAUGGGAUCCUAUAUGUAAAGCGAUACUAUCACAACAAAUUCGAUUCGAUCAAGAUGAUGAUACAAAAGAUGCUGAAGCACUUGAAAGUGCCGUCGAUCUUCUCAUCAAUUCAGUGACGCGUGGCGAUAAAAGAAUAUUCAUAAUUACGGAUGGUUAUAGUAAUUCUGGUAGUCGUCUUUCUCUCGUUCAACAACGUGCCGAAGAUGCAAACAUUGAUAUUAUUGCAAUGGCCAUUGGUGAUGAUCGAACUAAUUUACACGGAAAUUACAAACGUUAUAUUCGAUGUACAACACCAUACGGUCUACCAAAAGCAUUAAAAGCUCUCUUCGAUAAUGAACCAUCGAAUGAAUCGAUCGAUCAACCAAUGGACAGUAAAAAACGAAGUAAUUUACCCACUGAUACAACCGAUAAAGAUGGAUACUUCUUCGAUAUAAAAAAUAAUCCAAUCUUUAAAGAUCUAAUUCAAAAAUUGCAAGGCGAACGUGAAAAAAUGCUUCUCAACAGUGGCGAUCCACCAUCGCAUAUAAAUUGUGACAUUUGCUUCUGUAUCGAUUGUACAGGUAGCAUGUCACGAUGGUUAUCAGAAACAAAAGUUCAAAUGAAAGUUAUUAUUAAGGAAAUCAAGAAGCAAAUUGCUGAUAAAUAUCCAUCACUCAAAUUAAAGCUUUCGUUUGCAAUUGUUGGUUUUCGAGACAUUGGUGAUGCGAAACCAUUUGAAUCUCUCGACUUUACAGAAAAUGAAACAAUAGUCAUUAAUUUUCUCGAUCAAUUAAAAGCAUACGGUGGCAGUGAUUUCCCCGAAGAUGUGCUUGGUGCUUUAGAUCAAUGUUUGACGUUGAAAAAGUGGAGUCAAUCAAAUGCUCGAUUUAUCGUUCUGAUAACGGAUGCGCCUGGCCAUGGACGAGACUUGAAUGAUGAUCCAUCAGAUAGGUAUCCGAACGGAAUCGGACAUACGGCAACAUCGAUUUGUGAUCGCAUUCUUCAGAAAGACUCUGAAAUUGAAUUCAUGUUCUGCUGUAUCAAUCCGGCGGCAACUCUCAAAAUGCAAAAAGCAUUCGAAAGCGAGUUUAAUAAGAAAAAGGAUCAAACAGGGAAAGAAUUCAAAACGAUAAAAUUGUUUGGUGAUAAUCCAAUCGACUCACGAUUGUUUCAUUUUGUGUUUGUACUAGAUGAAUCAGGCUCGAUGUCGUUGGAAAAUCGUUGGAGUAGUUUAGUGAGCGCCUAUCAAAGCUUUUGGAAUCGACGAAACAAUGAUCAAGGUGGCAAUGAUCUAUUUUCAGUCAUUCAGUUUGCGGAUAGCGCUCGAAUUGUUUGCGAGCGACAGCGUUUGACCAACACACCUACAACACUUGCAAUGGUCGGUGGUGGGACAGAUUAUCUCAGUGGACUUCAAUGGACGGACUCCGUGAUUGCAAGAGACACAACAAAGUCUUCGGUCGUCAUGAUAUUCAUGUCGGACGGUGACGAUUUUGGAUCAGAUCCGAUGCCGACCAUGAGGAAUCUUCGUCAGAAGUAUUUGGCUAAUCAUAACUUCGUUUGUCACACUAUCGGAUUCGGUAGUGAGAUCCGACCAGGUAGCUCCGGCGAUAGCCGUUUAAGACAGAUGGCACAAGCUGCUGGUGGUAGCAUGCAUUCGGCAUUGACAGAUGCGGCCCUUAUGCAAGUUUUCAAUACACUUGCCGCUGAUUGCACAGUGUCUGGAACACUCGUUAGUCAAUUUGCCGAAAUUCUCAGCAAGGAAGUUAGUACGAAAAUUAUGUUUGACUACUUGUGAGACUGGAAAAUUUUCAGAACUAUCGCUGUUUUAUUUUGUUUAAUUUUCUCGAUUAGAUAGAUUUAAACGUAUCGCAUGUGUUGCUUUCUAUUAUUAUCUUAAUAAACAAAUAUAUUCGAGAAGAAAAAAAUCUCUGAACAUGAUCCCUUUUGGAUAACAAUAACAAUGCAAAAUAGGAUGUAACUAUCUGAACUAUCAAUCGGCGAGAGCAUUUUACAUUUUUCAGAGUCACCAUCUCUCAAUCGCUUCACAGAUUUGUUCAACACUAUUUGCAUGAAUGCAUCAUUACCUAGGCUGUGGGUGUGGG